GCAGGACUUGUUCUGUGACUGCAACAUCCUGGUGGAGGGCAAGGUCUUCAAAGCCCAUCGCAAUGUGCUGUUUGCCAGCAGCGGCUACUUCAAAAUGCUCCUUUCGCAGAGCUCCAAGGAGACCAGUCAGUCCACCACAGCCACUUUCCAGGCCUUUUCUCCUGACACCUUCACAGUUAUCCUGGAUUUUGUGUAUUCAGGCAAACUGUCCCUCACUGGUCAGAAUGUGAUCGAGGUCAUGUCGGCCGCCAGCUAUCUGCAGAUGACCGAUGUGAUCAGCGUGUGUAAAACCUUCAUCAAGUCCUCGCUGGACAUCAGUGAGAAGGAGAAGGAUCGCUACUUCAGCCUGUCAGACAAAGACGUGAGCUCCAACGGCGUGGAGAGAUCCUGUGUGUACAGCGGAGGCUGGAGGGCCGAGAGCAGCCCCCCACACCCCCACUCCAGCCCAGACCCCGGGACUUGCAUGAUGGGCGGCAACGCUUGGAGCAAUUUCAACUAUUACCCCAGCUCUCAGAGAAAUGCCCAGCAGCAGCAGCAGCUGUCCAAACACGAGCAGCGGCAGGAUUCCAUCAAGAAAUCGCGGCACCUGGGGCUGCAGCAGCCCGCAGACAUCCCCCACUAUAAAUCAAGCAAGCUGGAGGACAGGGCUGCCGAGCCCGCCGGCCACGCCGCGCCGCCCGAGGAGCAGGUUCACAUGGACGCCGAGGUGGAAGCUCCUCACGUGGGUUACCAGUUCAGCCAGGGGGCUGAGGUGAUGCCCAGGGGCUUGGCUGUGUCCCAGCAGGAGCACGAAUCGCCUCGCUCCUCCAGCAAAUCCAAGUCCUCCAAAGCUGAGGAGCAAUACGGGAGCAUGCCCUCCAUCCUGGGAGUCAUGGGCAACUGGGCUGAAGAUGACCUGGCCAGGAUGAGGUUCAAGUGUCCAUUCUGCAGCCACGUGGUGAAGAGAAAAGCUGACCUGAAGCGUCACCUCCGCUGCCACACGGGAGAGCGGCCGUACCCCUGCGAGGCCUGUGGCAAGAGGUUCAGCAGGCUGGAUCACCUCAGCAGCCAUUUCCGAACU